AUGGGGAGGGCUUCCGCCAGAAUUCUGGCAAACAUCACCGCAAGCGAGUACAACAAUGCCGUCUAUCAGGCGGUCUACUUUUACAUCAAACUAAAGAGGAGAACUUUGUACUAUUUCUUCAAUUUGAUUAUGCCAUGUCUGAUCACGAUGGUCUUGAACGUUUUGGGAUUUACGCUAAGGCCAGAGUCCGGCGAGAAAGUCGGCCUUCAAAUCUCGGUUUCGCUCGCGAUUUGCAUCUUCUCCGAGAUGAUGAACGCGAUGAUCCCACAGACAUCGGAAGCUGUGCCAUUGCUGGGUAUUUUCUUCCAAUCCUGUAUGGUUCUCUCGGUGUUUGCGACUUUCUUCACAGUCUAUGUACAAUGUUAUCACUUUAAAAUCCACCAGAACUCGCAUCGGAUGUCAUUUUGGAUGCGCUGGUUGUUGCCUCGAGUGGGCGCCGUGGUUGAUGAGGAUGAAAAGUGCCGAGACGGAGAAAUGAUCUCACUUCAC